UAAUCCCGUCUGAUUUUUUAUAGUUAUUCUUUUAGUAAGCUUAAUAAGUAAAGUCAAUGAAUAUUGUAUAAUAAAAUGGACAAAAACUAUACCGACGAGCGCCUAAAAAAUAUAAUAGACAAAUUUUCUAAAUGCAAAAUUGAAUAUUUUAAUGAAAAAGAGGAGUGCAAAAGAUUGAGAGAAGCUAACACAAAACUAGAAAUGGAACUAAAAGAAAACCAAGAAUUAGCAAAGUCUCAGCGUUAUCAGUUGCAAAACACACGUGAAAUGAUUGCAAACCUCCAGGAAACGAUCUCACAGUUAGUAUAUCUUAAGAGAGAAGCAAAGAAAUUGAACGACGAAAUUGUUGCCAAGGACUGUGCAAUUUCUGGUUUGAAAAAGGAAAAAGAAACAGUAAUCCAAAAACAAAAGGAGGUCCUAAUGGAGUUACGCAUGUCUUACGAAGCGCAAAUAGAAGAAGUUAAAGCUGAGAACGAGAAUAAAAUACGCCAAAUCCAACAUGUGGCCGAUACUGAAGUUGCUCAAUAUAGAUGUGCAAACGAAGAACUUAGGAGUGAACUUAACGAAGCUAGGGCUGAGCACAGUGAUAAAAUGAAUACGAUGGUAUUAGAAUAUGAAGAGAAGAUGCAACGCAAUGCGGCGCAAAACGCUCAACUCCAGGACCAACUGGCUAGACAGAGUGCCUCGCAUGAUACUAACAUAGACGCUUACCGCAGGAAGAUAGCGGACCUGGAAGAGAAACUUAAACAAUACCAAUUCAAAGAAUACUUAGCCAAUAAUUCAACGCAAUACAGCGUGGCUGCAGAACGUCCGUAUUCUGUAAACAGAAAAACAUCUGAUAGUUACAAUGUGGAUUUGAAUCAAAUGCAAGGAAGUUCGAAAACUUUGCCAAGAAACAUGUUGACUAAUACGCAGAGAUCAACGAAUUCUCUUCAAAUCACGUACGGUGAUGUAAAUCCUGUUACUGCAAAUUCAAAUAAGAAGAAAGGACAAUUUGAAAUAACCAAGAAACGUAAACUGUACAGCGAAAAAGACUACCAAGAUUUUUAA